AACUGUUUUGCAUGCCAUCCAUACAGAUCAUUUCACCACAUCAGUACAUUGAGGUAGUACAAAGAAAAAGCACUAACAGAAUAUGGAAUAUGCUUAAAUAGGCAAGGCAUAGAAGGAUAUGGUCCUAAUGCAGGCAAAUGGGAUGACUUAUGAUGUCCAAAAAGGUCUGCAUGGACAUGAUGAGCUGAAAGGACCCGCUGAGUUCUUCCAGCAAUUAGUUUUUUGCAGAAGACCACAAGGAGAGAGAUUAAGACAGAUCAGGUGAUAAGGAGCAUAAGCACUGGCCAUUAGCAAGAUAUUUGAAAGAAAUGGGUUGAGAAAGGGAUGCAAGUUUGGUAAUGGGAAAUGAUGAGAGUGCAGUUUACCUGAAGUUGGAGAAUUCAAGAAAGAUACAAGAGACUGCAGAUGCUGGAAUCUGGAGCAAUACACAAAAAGCUGGAGGAACUCAGUGGGUCAGGCAGCAUCUAUGGAGAGAAAUGGGACAGUCAACAUUUCGGGUCUAGACCCUUUUGUUCUUUCCAAAAGGUUACAAAGUGCCUGGACUUAAGAUGUUCUUCUAGUUUAUGUUGGGUCUCAGCGUAUGGCAGUGGAGGAGGUCACAGACAUGUUGGAAAGGAAAUGGGACUAAGAAUUAAAGUGGCUUUUCUUAUUUUCAUUGUGGGCAGCAAAUGCAGCAAACUAAAUUGGAAAGGCAUGAAAAUUUCUGCUUCAUCUGGAAAGGUUAUUUGCAAAGGGCCUUGACGAGCAUGGAUGAACUAUCUACAAGGAUGAGAGUGACAACUCCUAUGGUUGAGUGGGAAGGUACUUCAGAAUGGGAGAGGGCAAGUGGUGAAGUUGGAAGAGUGAAUCAAAGCCGACCAGAACACAUUUCACACUAUCAACAUUCACAGUUUUAUUCUUCUGGUAAUUUCAAAUAAUUAAUCAACAUCUUCAACUUCCUCCAGGCCUAAAUUUUUGUUAUUAAUCUCUUUAACAACCUUGUUCACAUUGCACUGUCACCUUUGCUAUUUCAUCUAUUCUGCCUCUUACCCUUAUCACAGUCCAACCUUCUCCCCACCUCUCCCCUUUCUCUGCUCCUUAAAAUUUGUUUUAUCCAUAAAUUUCAGUAAAUAAAAAAAAUGAAAGGUUAGUGAUCUGAAAUGUUUUUCUCUUUCCACUGAAACUGCUGAUUAUUUCCAGCACUUCCUGUUAUUUCAAACUUCCAGCAUCUGCAGCGAAACUUUUGGAUGCCUUUUUAUAUGGCUCAGUCCCAUAUUCUGUUUGAUAACUCUCCUGUGAAGCACCUGGGGACCUUUUACAAAAUCCGAGUUGCAGUUGUUCCCGAAUGAACGAAGAUGUUCGGCAAGCUCACUCUGUGCACGACCUCCCCCAAUAGACAAGCGAGCACAGUAAUCCAAAGUGAAAUAAGUGCGUUGUGUAGAAACAUCAGGAAGACCCAAAUGUGUUGUUUGAACAUUCAGACACAAGGUUUUGUCUGCUUAAUUGUUUAUGGGUCGAGAAGUCGGGUAGCUGCACCCUGUUUUGCUGCAGGAACCUUGUCUUCUGUGGAUGGGAGUUGGGGCGGGGCAGAGUGUUGGGCUGGAGAGAGAGAAGGGGGGGCAAUGCCGUGGCAGGGAGCCCCCAGUGGGACCUUCACCUGAGGCGGUGGACGUCCGGCCUUCACCGAACCCUGUUCAAAUUCGAACACGGCCUCGGGUUCUUUCCGUUAAUGCUUGGAACUGUUUACCGUUAUGUGGCGACGGCUAAUCUGCUCCCACGCAACCUAACUUGAAACAAAGGAGCGGGGCGGGCGUUGUCACCGUGUCCUUUGCGCCCCCUGCAUGGCGAUUGGCCGGCGGGAGAACACUACGGCCAGCCGUUGGCUCGGCCGCCCGUCAAUCAGCCGCGGCUCGGGCCGGGAGACGACCUUUCCUUGGAGAGUAGGUUGAGGCGGAGCAGGCGCCCGGCAGUUGCCGUGUCGGGAAGGUGAGGCGACCGCUCGCUGUCUUCCUCUCGUACCCCCGGGAACUGAAGAUGGUGCGCGGAUAGAAACAGUGAGCGACACCUCAGUUGGAAAGCGGGUGCUUCUGCUGCCCGAGGUUGCCAUUCUUGAUAAGCAGUAAUCAAAAUGUGCUUUGAUGAACAAUGGAUAUCCCUGAAUACUUAGAUUUGGAUGCAAUAGAUUUUAGUGAUGAUACGUUUGGCAGUUCUGCAGCAAAAGCCCUUCCUGAGCUGUACAAAAGAUCUGAUAUGCAAAAUGAAGAUCGAAUAGUUUCUAGUUCAAAUUGGCCUUCUGGAAGUACAGCAUCAGCUGGUAGUGGAAUAAAAUCCAAAGGCACUGCAGAUGUGUACAGUAAAUUCAGACCCGUGAAACGAGUUUCACCUCUCAAGCAUCAACCGGAGAAACCUGAAAAUGACAAGCAAACUGAGGAGCAUGAACUUAAGGGUGAUUACAAAAAACAAGAGGAUGCUGAAAAUCCAAAUCUGUUCAAUACUUUUUGCCACAGCAAUGGGCAGUGCUUUAGGAUCAAAGAUGCUCAGACCAACACUUUGCUUGAUGAACUUGAACACUACGAUUUGGAUAUGGAUGAAAUUUUGGAUGUGCCUUAUAUCAAAUUAAGCCACUUUCCUUCCCAGAAAUGUAGUCCUUUCAAAAAGGCUGCCCUGGAGAGUAACGCAAGCAUGGGCAUGAGAGAUGAUGGCAGCAGGAUCUGCUCAGCAGUGAAGGCUGAGAACCCUUCAAACAACUUAACACAGUUCUGUAUUUUGUCACCAGUAAAUAGCUUAGAGUUGAGGAAAGCAAAAACAAUUGCCAUAAACCAACAAGGGCAAGCAACUGGAAAUUUAGAGAGUUCUCAAACACCAAAUAACUGUGGUUCUGUGCAUGAUGCUGAAGCCCAGAGUAAAAACUUGGGCAGCCGGACUGCAAGUUUGUUUGUUGAUCCACAUGGACAUAAAGUUGGCAGUGCGCUACCAAAUUCUCAACCAAGGACAUCGACUCUGCAGUCCUCAAAGGGGAGCAAACUAGAAGAAGGAAACAGUACUAAAAAUGGGAUUACCAUGGCAGGAUCUGGAGAAAAGAGCGAGGAAGCAAAAAAUGUUAAAAGUAUUUUAAAUAUAGUCAGAGAAGGACAGAUUUCACUUUUGCCGCACUUAACCGUUGACAAUCUGGAGAAGAUUCAUGAUGAAAACGGAAAUAAUCUACUACACAUUGCUGCCUCGCAAGGACAUCUUGAAAGUUUACAGCAUCUGACUACUUUAAUGGCAGAAGAAUGCUUGACAGAACGUAAUAAUGAGAAGUUAACACCAUCUUCAUUAGCUGUGAAGGAAGGAAAGCUUGAAUGCCUUCGAUGGCUGAUGAGUGAGACUGAAGCCAUUGCUGAACUGAGUCCUUCAGAUGGUUAUCCUGCUCUUAUACAUUAUGCAGCAUGCUAUGGUCAGGAAAGGGUCCUUCUGUGGCUUCUACAAUAUAUGCAAGAACAAGGAAUAUCUUUGGAUGAGGUUGAUCAGUAUGGAAACACUGCAGCUCAUGUUGCAACUCAGCAUGGUCAUCUGACUUGCCUUCAGACUUUGGUUGAAUAUGGAGCAAAUGUGACUAUACAGAAUCAAGAUGGAGAGAAGCCUUCCCAGACUGCAGAACGGCAUGGGCACACUACUUGCUCACGUUACCUGGUAGUUGUAGAAACCUGCAUGUCUCUAGCAUCACAAGUAGUGAAGUUAACAAAACAACUAAAAGAGCAAACAGUGGAGCGGGUCAGUUUACAAAACCAACUGCAGUAUUUCCUACAAGACCAGGCAACAGAAACAUCUGAACUUCAAUCUCCCAGUUCCUCUAUGCCAUCUGAAAACAGUAAGAAGAAAAAUAAUUUAUCGGCUGAUCAAAAGGUGACUGCUCUAAAUGCAAAAGGGAAUGCAACUAUUUACAGCACUGACUCAAAACCAAAGACUACCACAAUAGCGAUGCUGAAACAGAAAGGUGAAGAAGCAGACAAAAUUAUCCGUCAACUUUUGGGAGAAGAGAUUUCUGGAAAUGUGUGCACACAAGAAAAACUUUCUUUGGAAUUUCAAGAUGGGCAGGAGGCAAGUGUUGUGACAGGUUCUGCAAGAAAAGCUCUGAGAGACAAAAGGGAACUUAAACUGACUAGACUCAGAUAUUCUCAGAGAUCCUCUAGUGAGUCAGACACUGAUACCCAUGUCAGUGAAGAUCAGAAGAAUUCUCCCAUUAAAAGAGAUAACAAGCCACGACCACAGCCCAUUGUUGAAAAAGAGGAAUGCACUGCAAAAGUACAGUUCAUGAUUAAAAAGCACACUUCAGCAAUAGGCAGAAUGUUCCCUUUUGUCCCUAAAGCCUCUGGUGCAUCAGAGGACCAAAGUCAUUCUCCUGUUGCUGAAAGCAAUGAUAAAUUUCCGGACUGUCAGCAUCAGAUGAGAAGUCCAGUCAGGACUCAACUUACUGAGGACCCAUUUCUUCUUUGUGCUGACAAUGGUGAUAUUGGUGCCAUACAAAAAAUGACAAACAGUCCUAAAAGUGCUCUUAAAUCACCAGCUUCAAAAAGUAGAACUUCUCAGAAUUUAAAACUGAGAGUCACCUUUGAGGAACCUGUUGUGGAAAUUGAGCAACCAGUUUAUGAGUCAGAUAAUAGGAAGGAUACAGAAAGUGAAAAAACAUUGCCAAAAUCUCCAACUAGUUUAGAAAUCAUUGAGCCAUUGAAUAGAUAUGUUGGACAUUUUCGUUCACCAGUGGAAUCCAUAAAUACUAACCAGAACAACAACAACUCACAAGCUGUCAAUUUAAACAUGGAUUAUAUCCCCAAUUUACCACUGAACUCUGCAGGGAGAAAAGCUGGAGGUUCAAAACCAAGUCUUUUAACACCAACAAAAGUUAAUACUAAGACAGUGAGUGUGGUAAAAUCUACAAAAUAAUCCAUUCUUUAAAUCUUUAUCACACACUUAAAAAGCCAAACUAACUUUUUUAAACUACAAAAUAGAGUCAAAUUUUAUUUUGGGUACAUUUGUAUAGAAGAAACUGAGCUGAACAAAUCUAAAUAAAAAUGUUGACUUUUUUUCUACAUUUUAAAGAUACUAAUGUAAAGUUAAAAAGAUAUAGGUAAUAGUUCCAAAGUUUCUUGCAAAUAUGCUGUGAUUGUUUCUACAUUAUAAAUUUUCAGUAUUUUAUAAUAUAAAUUGUAGAGUAGGGAAGUGGGAGAUGGUGUUUAAAAUUGGUGUUCUGCACAAAAUCAAUAGCUACCACAAAAAACAAAUUACAAAAAUAUAUUGAUUUUCUUUGUCCAUUAUGCCAAUUUUUUUCCUCCUCUCUGGUGGCACUGACAUCUUGACCAACUAACUAUCGCUUUGUGUCAUGCUGGAGAAUGUCUUCAAACUAUAGAGGGCAUCACACUGACUGUAUCCUGUGAUUAGCCAUAUCCUUUGCUGGAUAACACUAAAGCAUUGGAACAAGAUCAUUUUGUUCCCUUCCAAACUUAACAUGGUGAUUCUAAGGACAGGUAUAAAGUCACAAUUGCAUACUGUCCAAAAUCAAUACUCAGCACAAACCCAGAAUUAAAACUAGGAUUGCACGGUCUGCGUGGGUCAGCGAUUCAAUGCUUUGAUCUCCUGAACCAUGACUAAAAUUCAGAAAAAAAAAUUGAGACUCUGUUGGAUGGUUUAAGGAUCAGUAUUCUUUUUUACUUUUGGAGCUGGAUUUGAAUUCUGUUUUCUUCUUGCCACAAAAAAUAUUAUGAACAAUUUUAUUCUCUACUCUUUGUCAGGUAUAUUUUUAAAAAAUCAAAUUUUUAGCAAUCAGUACAAAAUUGCUUGCCUUUGCAACAAUUUUUACUGAAGGAAGGUCAAACACAGAUUUUUCUUUUGAGUUAGGGCUUAAGGUGCACUUAAGUACUAUUCCAGGAGAUUUACUUUGAACAUAAAAUGGGAAAAUGUUCAUUAGGUGAACCAAAAAUUGUCAUUUCCCCAACAGUCAUAUCCUCAGAUUAAAGAGCACAAAAUUAUUGUUACUGUCUUUUGCAAAUGACCUUGAUUGUAUUGCAACACAACUCAAACUGAAACUUCACAUUAACCUGCCUAGUCUCUUCUGAAUUCUUCAUUCUCUUGUCAAGAUUCAGUUUGAUUAUUUGCAGUCUUAUCUUGAGCCAUAUCUUUGGCAUACAUGCAAGCCUUGCCAUAUCCAUGGCUAUUCAUUACCUGUGGUGUGAAUCUACAAUGGAGUAGCUCUUCCCUUGCACCAGAAUUGCUGUUCACCUGCCCCAGAUGCUCACUGUUACAGCAUGGCUCUGGGUGCAAUUUUUCAUUGGAAAUCCAGUUCCUAAUGCCUCAAUGUGGCUUAGUGCAACAUAGGGGCUGCACCCACAGAACUACUUUGUCACCUCAUCAGAGUUGGUACCUCAUCAGCUGUAAAAGUCGUCUGUGUAACUGACUGUGACAUCUGAGUUAUCACAAUCUAUCAGUAAUAUUUAGGAUCUGUUUCAAAACAAAACCUACACUAAACAUGUAUGCACGCUAAAUAUCAAUGAAAAACUAUAAAACUCACUUAAAUAAUUAAAAGGUUUUUUUCCCAGUUCAUUUGGUUUCAUUUGAAUGGGGACUGAUUAACUUUGGCAGGUUGAAUCUAGUGCAAACUCAACAGGCAAUCUUCUCAACCUGGAGAGCUGGGAAUGUUGCUGAAGUUCACACUUCCCCAUUAGAUUCUAUGAGGAGUCCAAUAGUGCAUCACAGGCAGGUCACAGGGCUGAAGAUGCCAGCUUAAUCCCCUGUCCGUGCUGGAAACUGCUACUUCGGGGAAACACAGGGAAAUCCCAGCAUUAGCACCAGCGUAAGUUUGGAGGAUUUGGGUUCAUGUUGCUUUGUCCUAAUCCUCAUCUCCUUCUCCUCCCACUCAUUUCCUCUCCAACUGACCACAGUGGGAUAAUAAACCAAGACAAUCUUUGUGACCUGAUGCAGAAAUUGUAUCUGCCAUUUACCACAACUCUUGCCCACUGUCAGUUUCCUUAACCAUGUUUUUGCACCUUUCUUUGCCCUUACGCUUAGAGGAUCUAUCUUUAUUAGUGGUCUAGAAUAACCCUCUUUGAUCCUUCACCUCAAAGCUAUAGAGCUGUGGUCCACACUUCCCAUGCUAGAAGGGGAUUAAUGUAAUAAGUGAAAGCAUUCAAAGGCAUCCACUAUUCCUGCAUCCUUGAAAGAAUGCUAGACUCAUCUUGAUCCCUCUUAUCACUGCUUGAAACAUUGAGUGUGUAGAAUUACAAGAUUGCCCAUCUUUUUGCUUACAGCCACUGAAUGACUCAUUUUCAUAUUUCCGUCUUUUUAUCCUGAGAAUUAUCAUCCCAUUUCUAACCACCUCUUUGUUUUCAACAAUGUCCUUGAGCAUGUUGACUCCUUGUAUUUUGCCAGUUUAUCCUGUAACUACAUUCAAGUCUUCCCUCUCUGGUUUCCAACUUUUAUCAGGCAUGAACUUCAAUAAUAUGUUAACUUCUUUGUGAUUGUGGACCAAGUCUUCUUGACUGCUUGAGAUAGCUGCAUCUCUUCACUAUCUCCCUUCUUCAACAGACCAGUUGUAUGGUACUAAUUAUUUAAGGUUUCUUCCUCAUUUAUCUCGGAGUCACCACAGAUUCUUAUGCAGUGGAUUCUCUGCCCUUUCCCAUGUCAUUACCUCCAAUGUAGUCAAACUACUUUUCCAUUUCCCUCUCAACUUGUCAUUUACUUGUUUUCUUCGAUUGUCAUCAUUUGCCUGCACUGAGAAGCUUCUGUAUAUAUGUUGUUGAUACUCUCCUUUUCCUAUCCAUCAUCUCCCUUUAUCUCACAGCUGCCUCUUCAACUUUGUUGGAAGAGUUGAAACUUCCCACAGUGAUGGAAUAUCAUCUUUUCAAUAACCCAUCCUCAGGUCUCCAUCUCUGACCAAUGUUUCAGAUUGAAUUGGAUUGUUUAAAAUUUUGGAAUCCUGUUUAAAUAUGCUUUUUUCAUAUCCCAUACACAUUGACAAUAGCUCUGUUAUUUACAUCUGUUUCAUUGCCUGUCUGUGCUCUUGCUCUUUGAUGCUGAAACUUUUAUACAUCCAGGCUUGAAUAUAGUUGCCUUCUGUUUGCCUUUCUGAAUUCCAGCUGCAUUCGUCUUGUCCUACAUUAAAUCCCUGUGCCUUUCAUUAUGUUGUUCUACAUUGGUUCUCUAUAUUUCAAAACAUUAAAGCUUACUUGUUUUUUAAAACACUUCAUUCUAAUGUUAUAACAACUUCUAGCCCUAUGUCACUGUUCAACCCCCCGGGGCAUUAACAUUUUCAUGUAUUUCACCUUUUAUCUCACCAUUAAUAAGGUGCCUUUAGGUACUAAGGUUUUCCUCACUGGAAUUCUUCCUUAAAGAUCUCAUUUCUCAACCUCUUUUCCCGACACCACCCACAGCCCCAACCCCAUUUUUUUUGUUGGAAAGCUUCUCAAGUAUACUACAUGUUGUACAUUGCUAUGUAGUACUGAAUGUUUUUAUAUCUAGCUUAAAUAGAUAUGAGCCCACUCCUUAAUGACUUCCCCACUUUGAUCUGGAAUGAAGUCAACCCUGCAAAUAUAUUUUUCUUUGGCUCAAUUACAUUUUUUUUCCUUCUAAGCCUCUGAAGUAUUUGGGGCAUUCUUUAUGUUAAAGAUGCUAUAAAUGCAAAUUUGUAUACACAGUUUUAUUUUUUUAUUUGUGAAUUUACAAAUUACAAACAUGGAAUGUCACAAUUUAUAAAUUACAAUGACUGAAAACUUCACAAACCAUAAAAUACCUUUAUAAAAUUUAAUUAUUCUAUCAAAAGAUGUUUUUGAAGCCAAUUUACAAUUAUACAGAAGUUUGUUUUCUUUGGAUUCAUUAUUUAAUGCAAAAACAGCAAUCAAAUGUUAACCAUUUUGUCAAUACACUUUAUUUCACUGAAAUGUCUGUAUGUUUUGGGCAACAUUGUCAUGUUUGAAAUUUUAUUUUGCUUGUUUGGUUGUAAUUUGAGUUGAAUCCUGUUAAAACUUUGAUUUGCACAUUUUUUAUUUUCUGUAGAAUUCCAUGGCACUCUUGUUUGUACAAAUAAAAUUGUAACAGUUCUAAAUAUUGGGUAACCACCUAUUAAAGCAGUUUCUGUAGAAGUUACCACACUGGAUAAACAACUCUUUUGGAGGAAUGUUUGUCAUCUGGAAUGCAUUUAGCAAUCAGAUGUCCUCUUGUUUUUGUAACUAUUUACUGCCACCAUUCAGAGAUGACAUUAUUGAAAUGUAUGGGUUCUAUUUUUCCACCUUAUGAGGGUUGUUGAUUUAACACAAACAGAUAAAGGAAAACAUAAUCUAAGAAGCUGUAUUCUUUGACCUCGUAUUCAGCAUUCACGUGGAAACUGGUUGCAAGAUAGAAAACUGAAAUACAAGGUCAUUGAAGUGAUUCACUUAAUGGUAAGAGCUCCAGGGAUGAAGUAAUCCUUGCACCCUAUUUAAACGGAAGUCUAAUCAGUCAAGCACAGUAAACAAAGGAAUUGGUAAAGCAAUUUAUUUUUUUAAAUUAUUUUCCUUUUAAAGGGUGUAUCUGCUUGUAUAUCAAUUGUUUAGGUAUUCCACAGUGUUACUUAAGAGCUUUUAUGUUUAUGUUAAAAUGCUUCAUACGUCACCAAGUUGAUGGAAUGUAUGAUCCACUAAGUAUUGGUAUGAAACAAAAUUCAUGUUUACUUCAGAUCCUUCUCUUUUCAACUUGCCAGUUGCAAAAAGAAUGCCAAAACAAACAGUUUUGUGAGGUUCCACUGUUGCAAAAUCAUGCAGCUCUCAAAGUCAAAACCUUCAUCAGGCAAACACGGAAGUUCAUUUGUAUCAUGCUAUACCAGUUGGGAUUCCGGUCCUUAAGAAUUUGGGAUUAUUUGUUCCUCAAUAUAACAGAAUCUUUUAUUUAGAGGAUUGUUCUUCAUUUUCAGCCCAGAAAUAAUUUUAACAAAACAUCAACAGAGUCUCCCCCUUUCUCCCUGCAAUGGUUUCUUGACAAUAUUUUGAUUGAAUUUAAAGUAUACCAGUGGCUAGUAAAUUAGUAAUCAUAGCACAGUGACAGGAAGGGAAAGCUGAUGAUGAUUACAUUAAUUAAUAAUAUCUUGUUGAAUUUGAAGGAUGGUAAUAAUGUUCAUUCUUAACGGGUGAGGAACAGAAUUGUAAAUUACUUGCAAAGGAAUUUAUAGACGUUAGUAUUUUAAAACAAAGCCAUAUGAAACACUGCAGUUUUCAUUGCUCCAAGGAUAAAAAUUUCAAGAAUCUGCCAAGGCAACAGCUGCUAAGUAAGAAAGCACAAGCUCUUAUUCAUACAGCUGAAGUGUUGUGGUGUUCUUGCUGCAACUUGCAUAAGACAAAAUCACCAUGUUGUCCAAUAUCUGAAUUAAGAACAGAAUGAGGCAGUGCUUAUUUCUUCAAAAAAUAUUCCAAUUAGACAUGAUGUGGUUAGACUCUUAAUGACUGAGAAUUUUGCUUGAUUUAGCUUGACGCAUUAAAAUAAGUGUUCACCAGUUAUAGGUCUUUAGCAACAGUGAUAUUUCGUGUCUAUGCUUCCUGGCCAAAGGAACCAGGGCAUGGUUUGCUUGAAUGCUACCAUGGGAACAUAUAUUCAAGUACAGGUACAUAAAUAUGUAGAUAUAUUGCUAAUCUUUCA